AUGGAGACAUUGGCCAUUUCGGAGAUUCCGUUUACCAGUGGUGACCACUUAUGUGUUCACUUUGAUAUAUGCGGCAAUUUGCCCUCCCCUUUAAGCUCGUUCUCACUCUCUGCCUGGGAGGUUGCGCUUUCCUGGAUCAUCAAUUGUGUGGUCAACCAUAAGUCUUGCGGUCAGACAAAUCUUCGCUCAGCACGAAAAUUACCGUCUCGUCUAAUCGCAGUCGGUGAAAAAGACGAUUUCUCAGACAUACGCUUAUGUGAGACAAUCGAGUUCGAAGUAGGCUGGCAGUAUGUCACAUUGAGUCACCGCUGGCCCCUUAAUGGCUUCUCUUUCAAGCUUUCGGAGGAGACUUAUAAUGAAUUCUUAAAAAAUAUACCCUGGAAUCAAACGCCACAAACAUUCAAAGAUGCUAUUAUCGCCACAAGAAAGCUUCAAGCAAGCUUAGGUAUUAGGUACCUGUGGAUCGAUACAUUGUGUAUCAUUCAAGACUCCGAGGAAGAUAAAAAGCGAGAACUCGGCAUAAUGGGUGAUAUUUACAGCUACUCGUUUCUUAAUCUUGCCGCUUGUACCGAUUCUGACUAUGGGCUUUCCGCCAAGCGCGAUAAGCUCUCUUCACAUACUUGCAUUAUCAAGGUUGGACCUCAAAGUCAGCUGCCUCAAGGAUACUACGCAGUCGAGAAUAUGGACGAUCACCGGACAGAAGUAGUACAAUCAGAAUUGACAAGCCGUGGUUGGGUUCAGCAGGAGUUCUUACUAGCCCGCCGUCUGCUCAUCUUCACGCCACAGCAGCUUUUUUGGGAGUGCGCAUGUUUCUGCGCAUCCGAGAAGCGCCCAGGAACUAUGAUCCCACCUACGCUCGCAAGAUCCCGCUUGAAAGAGAAAUCUUUCGACAACCCAGACCUUUGGAUGCAACAUCCAGGCUCUGAAGAGCGAGAUUUCCAAUUCUAUCGACUUUGGAUGAAUAUUGUCGGGGCCUAUACUGCUUGCAAUCUCACAAACCCAGAAGACAAACUGGUGGCUAUUUCUGGCAUGGCAAAACAAAUGAAAAGAGGAAUUGAGGAACGAGAUAGCUAUCUCUGCGGAUUAUGGACUCGUCGCUUGGAGUUGCAAUUGUUAUGGCGGGUUCAAGAGGGGCAUCGAAGGAAAAGGCAGGAGGAUACGCAGAGGUUUAAAUAUAUUGCACCUACAUGGUCAUGGGCUUCCGUAAACGGCCGAGUCUACAAUCAUCGGACGAAUAGAGAGGCUUGGGAGAAGACGCAGCCUAUGGUCAAGAUCGAGAUACUGGAUAGACCUCAUUACGAAAACAACUUUGGCCGCCUACGACCUCCCCCUUAUGCGGCGUUGGCGAUCACCGGUCUUCUGCUCAAAGUCCAAAUGGAAGCAAGGCUGAAGCCAGAGCCAGGGUUUGUGCAUAGAUUUACUCAUCUGACGUGGCACCGUCUUCAAUUUACGGAAACCCCGGUUUACCUCGACCUAGAUACGCCGGGAGACAACGUCAUCGAUGUGUACUGUCUUCCGAUCGUGAAGGAGGAAUAUACUGCAGGGACACAACUUGUCUGUCUAAUACUGAAGAGAGAGGGUUCCAUCCCGGGUUUAUAUAUGCGAUGCGGACAACUCCCUUGGCUACGUCAUUGGCAACAUGAGUUCAUUAGCGUUGCGAAAUCGACAAAGCUCUCUGAAAGUGGGUACCAUGCCGCUCACGAAGAUGGCCAGGUCACGAUACUCCUCGCAUAAAUUCGCAUGCCGAAGUUGAUCGCGACGUAUGACAUCGCUACGCUGCUGCUAUAGCCGCUGCAUAUGCUAAAGUGCUCCUCUACGCCAUUGGCGCAGAGCCUUCUGCCAAUCCUCCGCGGCGGGGCGAGGGAGGUUAGUUAUCUUUGGUUCCCUGGUUUGGCCGGCCAUGACUUGUUCUCCUCACAACAA